AUGGCAGCUUCAGCAACUACUGGCGCCAACAUCUCAGUCACCUCUCUGGCGACCGGCAAUGGCGCAUCAUCGUCCUCUUCAACGCCCUCACUACCUCGAGUCACAACAUCCCAAUCGUCCGAAUACUGUCAUCGUCUUGCCGACAUCGUGUCGCGAGCUAGUGUGGCCGACCCAUUGAACAUUGUCUUCCAACAAGAAAAGACCGGCCAGUCGACCGCCGUCACAUCGGAUCUCCUCUACACCGCUGCCAAAGACCGUGUAGAUACCAAAGUUGCCGGGGGUGCCCUUGUCGUGGAGGCAGCGGAAUUUGCAGCGGUGGCGUGUUGGGAGCCUCCGUCAGCCAUCCCACCGCUCCUUACCGACAGCAAGCUGCAGGCGAUGGCCCUGGAAAGACCGGUCUUUACAGAGUUCGUCCGAGAUGUUCAGGACGCAAGGCUGGCUUGUCUGGGCGAGGGGCAGCUCUACUGGUCCCUGUCGCUCAUGGCGCGCGACCCGGAACGGAAGGACAAGGGAGCGGUCAGAGCGGUGAUCGAGCCUUAUGUGAAGAGGGCCAAAGCGGAGGGACUCCCUCUCUGGCUAGUGGCAGGGAAUCCUCGGGCGAGGGACGUGUAUGCGUACUUUGGGUUCAGAGUCGUCCAUACCAUUAUAUCGUACCCGCGAGACAGGACUGAAGGAGACGAAGGAGUGCCUACAUGGUGUAUGGUCUGUAAUUGGCCGGUUGAGAAGUAG